AUGGCAGGUCCCUCAAGUUAUCACAUCAAAAAUAUUUGUGUUUUCGGUGGAUCCAGUCCUGGGAAGGAAAUAGCUUUUUUAGAAGCAGCAAAUCAUCUUGGUCAGGUACUAGCUGAGAAAAAGAUUCAUUUAGUGUAUGGGGGAGGCAACCUUGGGUUAAUGGGGGGUGUGGCAAUAGCUGCAUUUUUAGGAGGUAGUCAAGUUUUGGGGGUCGUCCCCGAAGCUUUAACAAAAGGGGACAUCAUUGGAAGAACAAUUGGAGAGGAACUACAGGUCUCCACAAUGUUUGAUCGAAUGAAUACAAUGUUUAACCAUGCUGAUGCCUUCAUUGCCUUACCAGGUGGUCUGGGCACAUUGGAAGAGAUCUUUCAUAUUUCCUCUUGGGCCCAACUUCACAUUCACCAUAAACCUAUAGGUUUGCUCAAUGUUAAUGGUUUUUAUGAUACUUUGUUGUCUUUUCUUGAUCAAGCUGUGGAACAGGAAUUUCUAACAUCUUCGGCACGACAAAUCAUAAUCUCUGCUGCUACGGCUGAACAAUUGAUCGACAAACUACAAUCUUUCACCCCUGUCAUUGAUCCUUCCAUGAGUCGCAUCAAUUGGUCAACUACAGAAAGCCGUAAAAAGCUUAGAUUGGAUUUGAGCCUUCGUUUGUGAAUCCUUGUGUCUUUUGGUUUUAUUUCUAACAUAGUAUUUUGUUCUGUUAUAUUUUAUAUUUGUUUAAGUGUGUUUCAGGUUUGUUAAUGUUCGUUGUUUCAGGUGAUGUCUUCUAUACUCUAUCUUUCUACCUUAGAACAUUGAGGACAAUGUCUCGUUUUGGUUGGGGGGAGAGGGUAGUAGUAAUUAAAAAAAAAAAAAAAAAAAAAAAAAAAAAAAACUAACCAACUAACUGUUUUUGUUUAAAAACCAUUGGGCAAAACUGUUAUUACUAGGAUGGUAGAGUAAGGGGGAAUGACUCUUGAGACGCAUCUUAGUAAACAUUUUCUAAUGGUUAUUUGCAAUAUUCAUAACAAGGCCUAUUAGAAUACUUCUUGAAAUAUUCAGGUUUACAAACUCUCGCAUUGCUAUCACUUAAUUCUGCUCAUAUACUCAUUUAACAAGUAUUCGUAAACCUUCAUUUUCACACACACACUUUAACAUAUGAUUGUGGGUUGCACAUUGGAUUAUUACAUUAUUUAUGUUCUUUUGUUAAAGGUAACAACUAAGGGAUAGGGAUAGUCUAUAAUUUGCAAAAAAAAAAAAAAAAAAAAAAAAAAGAAAGAAAAAAAAAAAAAAAAAGAAGAAAAUGAUGAUAAUAAAAACGUAGAUAAGUUUGAUUUCGUAGCCUCCCUAACCUAAGCAAUUAAGCCCGAAGGGGUGUUUUAACACCUAAUACCCUAAAGUCAACUGACUUGGGAGUUAUUGGCCCAAAGCUUGUUACAUGGGUUAAGGAGAAAAGCUUAAGGGAAUCAAACAUUGCACUAUCUACGUAUCAGUAUCUGCAACCCGAGUUACUAAGCUCGUAGGGGUGUCUCAACACCUAAUGCCCUAAGAUCAACUGGUCUGGGAGUCAUUAGCCGAAAGCUCGUUACAUGGGUUAAAGAUGCAUUGUGUUUUAUGUAUAGAUAUUAAAAAAAAAAAAAAGAGUAAAAUAAAAUAAAAUAAUCCCAACCCAAGGAAGUUAACCUUAAACAUUAGAACAAAAUAUUGUUUUCUUCCAACAAAAGCCCCAUCAUCUAUGUUUCAUACAUUGAGCACAUAACAAGGAAGGUUUAUUAAUAUUUUGUUUAAGAGGUAUUGAGCAGAUAUAUAAAAUUUAAUGAGAGUUUGUUUAUCUGGAUAGAUUAAUGGAAGUUGAAUGAUGAAUGCCUUGCUUUGUGGAUUUUGCAAAUUGUUUUUCUAUUUUAACGCUUUAAUUACUAGGGACUAGUAAUAAGCUGGUUGGGGGGUGUGAUUAGUACUUAAAAGUGCAUUUUUAUCAAGGUUUUAUAUCAUCAUUUUGCACUUGAAGUAUCAAUAACUCCUUAACUAAAGCGUGUUUUAUAAUAACAUAUCUAAUUAUAUAAGAUACCUUUAAUUUAUGGUAAAUGUUCAUCUUAAAUGCAGGCCUAUCACAUAAAUGAAAGAAUUGAUUGAUGAGUUGAAGUACUGAAAUUGAAAGGACAAAAAGAUGGCCAAAGAGAUGCUGGUGCAAUCCAAACUGGAACACGGUUCGGUAAUUGGGUCAUAUCUGGAGCUGUAGAUCUUGGAUUUAGGUCCAUUUUAUAUGGAUGGAAAGAUAAGACAUAGGCCUACAACUUUCAUGUGGAGCCCAAGAUUUAACAAGGCCGUUUUCAAGUCCAAAUUGUAGCAACAAAGAAGAAGUCCGAAUCUGUCCUGCAGCCCAGACACUGUUCAGUGUUCAGCCCAUAUCUCGAGUUCUAGAAGUCCAAAUGAUCUCAAAUUUUUACCCUGGAAAGAUGAGACAAUUUCCUAGAACUUUCAUGAUUCAAGUUUGUUCAAAUUAUGACGUCAUCAAUGACGUUUUUGGCAGACAAGAAGAUAAGAAUUGUCACCAAGUCAAGAUGUGGCCACCCACUCAUCAAUUAGUCAACAAAUCAAUAGUUCCGAAUUUUGGCCUAUAAAAGGAGGCAUUUGCCAUGUAUUUAGGCAUCUUGGUGUUCAGAUCAAGAUCAUGCUCUUGCUUUCUCUCUUUGUAUUGCUUAUGCUUUGCUUUCAUUAAUAUCAAGUUUAUGCCUUUCAUUUC